UUAUUAAUUCAUGCCAUUACCUUAAGUAUUCAACUGAGUCUUAUAUGUUUGUAUAGUUCUCUAUCCGGAUGCAUGACCUCUGCUUGUCGUUUUGUAGACCUAAAUUGGAUAAUUGCUGGUUCUUGACAAGUGAAAUCUGAUCAUUAAUUCCAAACAAGAAUGGAGAGCUUAGCACAAUUGGAAGCUUUGUGUGAGAGACUUUACAAUUCACAAGACUCCGUUGAACGAGCUCAUGCUGAGAAUACUCUAAAGUGCUUUUCAGCAAAUACUGAUUAUAUUUCACAAUGUCAGUACAUACUUGACAAUGCUUCAACUCCUUAUGCAUUAAUGCUGGCUAGUUCAAGUCUAUUGAAGCAAGUGACCGAGCAUACCCUAUCCUUGCAACUACGUCUUGAUCUACGGAACUACAUUAUUACCUAUUUGGCAAAAAGGGGACACGAACUGCAGCCGUAUGUAAUCGGAUCUCUAGUCCAGCUCUUGUGUCGGGUGACCAAGUUCGGUUGGUUUGACGAUGAUAGGUUCAGAGAUGCUGUCAAAGACUCCACAAAUUUUUUGAUCCAGGCAUCACCGGGUCAUGUUUCAAUUGGUUUAAAGAUACUAAAUCAGCUUGUUUCCGAGAUGAAUCAGCCAAAUCCGGGGUUGCCUUCUACACAUCAUCGAAGAGUUUCUUGCAACUUUAGGGAUCAAUCUCUUUUUCAAAUUUUCCAAAUAUCUCUUACAUCCCUGCAACAGCUGAAAAGUGAUGUUGGCAGUCGCUUGCAAGAGUUGGCACUGUCUCUGGCAUUGAAAUGUCUGUCAUUUGAUUUUAUUGCAUCGUCAAUUGAUGAAAGCUCGGACGAGUUCGGUACUGUUCAGAUUCCAUCUGGGUGGAAGCCGCUUUUAGAAGAUCCUUCGACACUACAAAUUUUUUUUGAUUACUAUGCAAUCACUAAGCCUCCUUUAUCUAAAGAGGCCCUGGAAUGCUUAGUAAGAUUGGCUUCAGUAAGGCGCUCUCUGUUUUCAAAUGAUGCCGCACGUUCUAAAUUUCUAGCACAUUUAAUGACUGGAACCAAAGAGAUCUUACAAGCAGGUCAAGGUCUUGCUGAUCAUGAUAAUUACCAUGAAUAUUGUCGUCUUCUUGGACGGUUUAGAGUUAACUAUCAGCUAUCAGAACUUGUGAAUGUUGAAGGCUACAGUGAUUGGAUACGCUUGGUUGCAGAGUUUACUUUAAAAUCGUUGCAGUCAUGGCAGUGGGCUAGUAGCAGCGUAUACUAUCUUUUGGGGCUGUGGUCACGGUUGGUAACAUCUGUGCCCUACUUGAAAGCUGAUGCACCUAGCUUGCUUGACGAAUUUGUGCCGAAGAUUAGUGAAGGUUUUAUUACCUCACGAUUUGAUUCUGUGCAGGCUACUCCCCAAGAUGACCUCUCUGAAAAUCCUCUUGAUAAUGUAGAGCUUCUUCAAGAUCAGCUUGACUGCUUUCCGUAUCUAUGCAGAUUUCAGUAUGAAAGGAGUAGUUUAUUUAUUAUAAAUAUUGUGGAGCCCAUCCUGCAACUGUAUACGGAAAGAGCACAGCAUCAGAUUAGUGAUAAUAAUGAAUUAUCAGUCAUUGAAGCCAAAUUAGCUUGGAUAGUUCAUAUUGUUGCUGCUAUAUUAAAGAUUAAACAAUGUAGUGGUUGCAGCACGGAUUCCCAAGAGGCUGUUGAUGCAGAGCUAUCCGCUCGUGUAUUGCGUAUUAUAAAUACCACUGAUAGUGGAUUACAUAGUCGGAGAUACGGUGAACUUAGCAAGCAGAGGCUCGACCAGGCAAUUUUGACAUUCUUUCAACACUUCAGAAAGUCUUACGUAGGUGACCAAGCUAUGCAUUCAUCUAAGCAGCUCUAUGGACGUUUAUCUGAGCUGCUGGGGUUGCAAGAUCAUCUUCAAGCAUUAAAUUUGAUUGUUGGGAAAAUUGCAACAAACCUCAGGUGUUACACAGAGAGUGAGGAAGUUAUUGACCACACCUUAAGUCUCUUUUUGGAACUGGCAUCUGGAUAUAUGACAGGAAAGCUACUUAUGAAGUUGGACACUGUGAAGUUUAUUGUUGCGAAUCAUACAAGGGAACACUUCCCAUUUCUCCAUGAAUACAGAUGCUCUCGCAGUAGGACUACAUUUUAUUACACUAUUGGCUGGCUAAUUUUCAUGGAGGACAGUCCUGUUAAGUUUAAGUCUUCUAUGGAUCCACUGUUACAGGUAUUUAUCAGUUUGGAGUCGAUUCCUGAUGCUAUGUUUCGCACUGAUACGGUCAAAUAUGCAUUAAUUGGACUGAUGAGGGAUUUACGCGGAAUUGCAAUGGCCACUAAUAGUCGAAGAACUUAUGGACUUCUGUUUGACUGGUUAUAUCCUUCUCACAUGCCAAUCCUUUUAAAAGGGAUCUCACAUUGGGCAGACACACCGGAGGUCACUACCCCAUUACUGAAAUUUAUGGCUGAAUUUGUAUUGAACAAGGCUCAACGUUUAACUUUUGAUUCCUCUUCACCCAACGGGAUACUUCUUUUCCGAGAAGUUAGUAAACUUCUUGUGGCAUAUGGAUCAAGGAUCUUAUCAAUGCCCAAUGUCGCGGAUAUAUACGCCUUCAAAUACAAGGGGAUAUGGAUUGCAUUGACCAUUCUUUCAAGGGCUCUUGCUGGAAAUUAUGUAAAUUUUGGAGUGUUCGAACUAUAUGGAGAUAGGGCCCUAGCCGAUGCACUUGAAAUUGCUUUAAAGAUGACCGUCUCAGUUCCCUUGGCUGAUAUUUUGGCUUACAGGAAGCUUACAAAGGCAUAUUAUGCGUUUUUGGAGGUUCUAUUCAAUAGCCAUAUUGUUUACAUGCUGAACCUGGAUAUGAACAUGUUCAUGCAUAUAGUUGGCUCGUUAGAGUCUGGGUUAAAGGGCCUUGAUACAAGUAUCUCAACUCAGGCUGCAUCGGCAGUAGAUAAUUUGGCUGCAUUUUAUUUUAACAACAUCACCAUUGCGGAGGCACCAACUUCACCCGCUGCAGUGACUCUUGGUCGGCAUAUUGCAGAGUGCCCAACAUUGUUUCCAGAAAUACUGAAGACCUUGUUUGAGAUUGUUUUGUUUGAGGAUUGUGGGAAUCAAUGGAGCCUCAGCAGACCAAUGCUAAGCUUGAUAUUGAUUAAUGAACAGAUAUUUUCGGAUCUGAAAGCUCAUAUUUUAGGGUCACAGCCAGCAGAUCAGCAUCAACGACUUUCCUUGUGUUUUGACAAGCUAAUGGCUGACAUCUCCAGAAGCCUAGAUUCGAAGAACCGAGACAAGUUCACUCAAAAUUUAACAGUAUUCAGACAUGAUUUUCGUGUCAAGUAAGCAAUCUCUCAAGUUUGGUGUGUCGAUCACCUGUAUAGACAAAACCUUAGCAUUUAAACGAAAAAAAUCAAAUGUCAUAGAAGCUCCUGUGCUGGCGAUUACUGUGCGUAAACGUAAAUGUCGAGAUGCACGCGAAGAUACUGAUGUUUGCAGGGUGUAGUGGCAUUAUUGUUUGUACAGCCUUUAAUGGAAAAGGGAGAAUAGUAUUUGAAGGUAUCUGAUUGUAGCAUAUUCUAUUUAUGAGAUGACUAAUACCGUCACAUAUCAUAUUUUUGAAUGAUAAAGAAAAGUAAUAUGCUGAUCCAAAGUUGCCUAUAUAUGUUGUAUCAGGUUUUCUAA